GCCUUGGACAACGGAGUAGGCCUUACUCCAGCCAUGGGCUGGAACUCCUGGAACCAGUUUGGUCUUAAUGUGACGGAGGAGCUGAUCCGCCAGACUUCCGAACAAAUUGUGGACCUUGGGUUGGCCGAUGUGGGCUAUGAGUACGUGGUGAUUGAUGAUGGCUGGCCUAACAAGACGCGCGACGCGCAGGGCCGCAUGCAGGCCAACCUCACCAUCUUCCCCAGCGGCAUCGCCAACCUGUCUGACUACGUCCACAGCCUGGGCCUCAAGUUCGGCAUCUACUCAGAUGCUGGGGCGCUGACAUGCGGCGGGCACAUGGGCAGCUAUGGCCACUUUGAGGACGACGCGGAGACGUGGGCGGAGUGGGGGGUGGACUACCUCAAGGCGGGUGGAAAGAGAGGGAGAGGGGAGGGCUGGCGUUCUGAUCCCUACACACAACAUCACUCCCUGGCCGCACCAUCUCAUGCUGGGCGGCUGGUGUCUCUUGGUGCAGGGCGAGAGAUUUACUACUCAAUUUGCAACUGGGGCAUCGUCAACCCCUGGCGAUGGGGCGCGGAAGUCGGCAACAGCUGGAGGACCACCGCAGACAUAGCUGCCAACUUUGAUCGAGUCUUUUCUAACCUGGACAACAACGUGGGCCUGUCGCAGUUUGCCGCUCCGGGCGGGUGGAACGACCCAGACAUGCUGGAGGUGGGAAGCGGCGCCCUGACGCUGCAGGACCAGCGCUCGCACUUUGCGCUGUGGGCCGCCGUCAAGUCGCCGCUCAUCAUCGGCACAGACCUCAGGCGGGUGGCCAUCUCCCCGGAGUCGCUUGCCAUCCUCAAGAACCGAGACAUCAUCGCCGUCAACCAGGACCCGCUGGGCGUGGCCGCGGAGCGCGUGUGGAAGCAGGGCUCCGCCGAGGUAUUCGCGGGGCCGCUGCAGGGCGGCGACCGCGUGGUGGUGCUGUUCAACAGG